AUGCCGCCCAAGGCGUCGGCAAAGGCGGCGGCGGCGGCGGCCGCCCCGCGCCACGAGCCCUACGAGCACUACACGUCCGCCGACCUGCGCCACGAGCUGACCGCGCGCCGCCUCCCGCUGCCCCGCACGGGCCCCCGCCGCGUCGCCAGCCGCGCCACACUCCUCGCGCUCCUGCGCGCCAACGACCACACGCGUCGCCCGCGUCGUCCCGCGUCGUCGCUGUCGCCCGUCGUGCGCGCGCGCCGCAGCUGCCGCUUCCGCCUCGUGAACGUCCUCCUGAGCCGCGCGUUCGUCGGCCGCUGGGACGCCAUGCGCCCGACCGGCGGCGGAGCGCUGAACCGCUUCUGGCGCGACGUGCACGCGGCGUUCCGGCAGACGACGCGCACGUUGGAACUGGACGCGCUGCUGUUCGAAGACGCGCUGUUUCAGGACGUGCGGCCCCACGUGGUCGUCGCGCACUCGGCCUCGCGGCUCGUCGAGAUGUGGUCCGAGAUGGUCGGCUUGUACCGCAGCGCAGUGGCGCGCGCGGAAGCUGCUGCUGCUGGAGAAGGAGCAAAGAAGGGAGCGGGCGCUGCUGGAGGCGACCGCUCGUUUGUGGACUUUUGUGGUGGUCGACUGGACCUGCUGUACCUGCACAUGGCGAUGCUGCUGGAGCCAAAGCUGUACGCGUUCCUCUUGUCGGAUGCGUUUGCUGUCGUGGAUACGAGCGGCCGGAACGACGUUGGAGCGGUUGAAGCGCAGAGGCCGAGUGCAACUGCUGCUGGUGCAAGUGGUGGUGGUGCAAGUGGUGGAGCUAAAGCUGCGUCGGGCGUUGCGAAGGGCGGCAGAGCUCAGUCUGCUGCCAAGUUGUUGCUGGCAGACAACCGCGGGACGGGUCAUGUGUCGACCAGCACGUCUCGCAAGGAUACGCAGGCUUCAGCUGCUACUGCUGCUGCUACUGCUGCUGCUGCUAGACCUGCUAUUACUUGUGGUGCUGAGCCUGCUACUGCCACUCGUACUGCAGCUAUGACUCGUGCUGCUGGUGCCAGACCUGCCACCUCCGCGACUGCUGUUGCGGCAGCCACUGCAACUGCUGCGGCUACCGCGAUUGUUGCCCCUCCUGUAGCUCCUGCAGCUACUGCUACUGCAGCGGCGGCGACAGCUGCAGCGACAGCGACAGCUGCUCCGGCAGCAACAGCUGCAGCUAAAAUAACUGCUGCUGCUACUGCGAUUACUACUGCUGCGAAUGCUGCUGCUACUGUGGCUGCUACUGCGAUUGCUGCUACUGGUUCUGCUGCGGUUGUGAAGCCUGCUCCUGCUGCUCCUGUAGUUGCUGACGAUGGGUCGAGGUCAACUGAUGCUACCCCUGCUGUCCCGCCUACCUCUGCUGCUCCCGCAAGACCGUGCAAGAUACCAACGCAGAAUCCAGAGAUGGACGAGUUUUCGACGCUUGCGACUUUGGCCGCAACUGGGAUGUUAGCAAAGACGACUGCUACUGCUGCAGGCACUGCUAGCACUGCUGGCACAAUGUCGAACGCAAAGAGGGGGUCGUCAGCCGCGCCGAGUCUGAAGUCAAGUGCGCGAAAGAAACCAUCAAGCACAGUUGGCAACAACAGAAAGACAGGAAGCCGUGGAGCAGGUGCACGGUCGGCGAGAGAACCGAGGCCAAAGGUGUUGCCACCGAAGCACAAACAGACAGAGUCUCGGUCCGAAGCAAGUGCUGCGAGCAUGCGUGUCCAAAGCAAAGCUCCUGUUGGUGACAAGCAUGCAAACACAACGGCGUCGUCACUCGGCAAACGGCCACGUGAAGAAAAGGAUACAGCGAUUGUCGCGGUCUCUAGCGUGAGCGAUAUCGUGCCACACUCCGGCAAGCAGACACACUCGGCAAAAAUGUUCUCGACAGCACUUGCUGGACGAGCAGUGGACGUGGUGUUGCCUCCUGAUGAGUGGGAUAUCCUGGAAGGCCGGCUGCGAAAAGUGAACGAGAACAUUGAUCGGUGCCAUCGUGGGCUAGCAAACGUUGACGCAAACGCCAGUGGUAACUACAAGCAGUCAUUGGAAGCCGAUCUGCGCUUUUACUCUGCUAUCAAGCAGCGACUACAGGAGCAACUCCUCGUGGUGAUGCAGAGUGGGUAUUAG